AUGCGUCGAGAAGAAAAUUUAUCUUUUAUAACAUCAAAACGACCUGCAACAUGUCUUGGUCUUGUUCCAAAAAAUCGUAUUUAUACAGAUGAACAAAUGCGUGGUGCAUUAAUAUUUUCUGAUACAGAUUCUCGUCGACAAAUAACUGUAACAGGCAUGGGUGAAUUUUCUUUACCACCUGAUCGUGUUAAAUUAAUUGUUAUUAUAACAAGUACAAAAUCAAAUGUUAAUGAAGCAAAAACAAGUGUUAUACGUCGAUUAAAAUAUGUUGAACAAACAUUUCGAAAUUUUGGUGUUAAAGAAUCAGAUAAAUCUGUUGUACAAUCUAUAAUACGUCGUGAUACAAUGUAUGAAGUACGUGCCGAAUUAACAGCAAUAUUUAUUGAUAUACAACGUUAUCAACAUUGUCAUAAUCAAUUAGUUGAAAAACUUGAUGCACCUGUUGUAUGUGUUCUUGAUCCAGUAUUUUUUCAUUCAACACUUCGUCUUGAAAAUAUUAAACGUCAAGCAAGUGUACAAGCAGUACGUAAUGCUAAACAUACAGCUGAAGAUGUAGCUCGAACAGUUGGUCUUCAUGUUGCAAAAGCUGUUCAUAUUGUUGAAGAAAAUUAUCAAGAAAACGAAGGAACAUUAGUUACAACAGGACAACCAACAUCAUUUCAAAAUUUAAUUGAUGCAAAAACAAUUACUAUACAUGUAACAUUAAAUAUUACAUUUGAACUUAAAGCAAAAGAACGACAACGUAAAAGAGAUAAUGCAUAA